CACAAUGAAGUAUAACUUCGUAUUGUGGCAACGUGUAAAAAAGCGUGGUGGCCCUGUGCCACUGCUUAGGAACCCCGUCAAGGGCUGGCUCCAGCUACUUAUAUUCCUUCACCUUUUUCUGUUAACACUAUCUUGUGUUACAAUCAGUUUCCCUUACAUAUACGAUUUACACUGUUCUAUCCUAUUCAACUCAAUGGCUAACAUUAUAGCGUCCUGYGUGGGUUCCUUCGUAAUGGCGGCGUACUACACAGGCAUAGCCGCGAAGGACUGGGGAACCGAGACUGAAUGGAGGAUAACCAAGGGUAUUACAGUGUCCAUGGUCGUCGUAGAUAUCGCAGUGAGUGCAUGGGGAAUAUAUGCACUCACCAACGCAUCGGUAAAGAUAUACAAGGCAUUGCAUAAUUCACUGGAGCUUGAGCCUGAAUGCCUUCAGUUCAAGGCGGCGCUGUUCUACUUUGCUGCAUUUGGUGUCAUUUUCUUGCACCUCAUCGUGGCUGCCACGUGCGCAGUAGUGGCUGCGCUGCUUGGUAAAGGGAUAAAGCGGCAGCUGAUAGACAUCAGGGAUAUGUAUUAAGCCUACUGUAGUGUCCUAUA